CUACCAUCUCUCCUGCCGACCUGCGUGCCCCCUGGUGCUGCUCCUCAUUGCUCAUCCCCGAUCCUGACGCCCUCCAUCUUGUCUUAUUCUCCCUCAGCUAUCCGCAACGCGAUGCACGCCAAGCUCCUUUUCUGCGCCGCCUACAUGCUCACGAGGGCGGCCUCCAGCGCCCCCGGCGGCUCCAGCAUCCCGUGGUGCCUCGACAACCGGGUCAAGUACCACGACUUGUCGAACGAAGACUAUGCGAACCGUAUGGCAAACGAGUACAACUGUCACAAUCCGGUCCUGGGCAGAUGCAAUCCUGACACUCAGCUAUGCGUCUAUGAGGAGGCCCGACCUGACAACGUACAGCCCUUAUCGGACAAUGGAUGGACAGUCGCGUACUCCCAGAAGUCCGUUAAGUGUUACGAAGCGUGCCCGCACGAGAUAACUCAUCACAACUGCCGUCUCAGCCCAGCAGGCAUGGGCGAGACGUAUGUCAGAUGCGGCCUCAAUGCGGAAGAUGCUCUGACUCCUGUAUAACAACAACAACAAAGAUGGUAAUAAGGGCUAUGUGAUAAAUACGAUCGAGGCGUUUGCGCAUCCGCUGGACCGCAUCAUGUUACUAUUCGAGGAAUCGAGGAUCUCAACCACUGCAGCAACCAACAUUUUUUUUCUAUAACAACCA